ACGCAGAUAUGUGAACGGGUUCCUCCACCGAGCCGCUCAAGACUACAAAGAGCAGUUUCUCUCCCGGCUGAAUAGCUUCGAAGACAUUUAUUAAGUUGGUGUGUAUGGGAGAAAUAUCGAUUAGACACCGCUGAGGCGACCCUGUCACUGGAGCUCGGACGUACACACGCCGUCUGAGGAACACCACCACCAACAGACAGCCGUUUUUCUCACAUCAGAAACCCCUUGCUUUCUCACCAAACGAAUAUUUCUUGUUAGACACCGUUUAUUUUGAAAAUAUGGAAAAAGACGAGGACAACCCUUCAAAAUGAAAAAUUUAAGUCGUCAUUAAUGCGGAUUUAAAUGUCUCGCGCUGAGGGAAACGCACUCGCGAUUUCUCCUCACGCUCUCCAAACAGCUUAUUUUUUUCUCGCAGAAAGAAACUGCUCAACAAUAUUAUUCACACUGAGCAGACGUGGAUAGAGAAAGCCCGAGCAGAAAGGAGAGGGUUAUUUGAAGCAAUAUGGCUGAUGGCUGGGGUUGGGGCCGCUGGCAGGAGCUCUCCAAAGCUUCUUCUCAAUGCUAGCCGUUGCAGAUGGCAACGGAUCCUAUGGCAGCAGCUGCAGCCCUAGAAUGAGUAACAAUAUCAUUUAUAAUAAAAAUUCGGACUCUUCUGUCUCUAUAUCGAAGAUGGACGUGAUCAUCCCGUUCUCACCAGACGUGCCCUGUGACAACAAUGGUCAGCGCAUGUGGUGGGCUUUCCUCGCCUCAUCCAUGGUGACGUUCUUCGGGGGUCUCUUCAUCAUCCUCCUGUGGAGGACCCUCAAGUAUCUGUGGACUGUCUGCUGCCAUUGCAACAUCAAACAUAAGGAGGCACAGAAGGUGAAUAACCCUAUGAACAAUCAGGCUGAUGGAGCACCGAAGACCCUGGGUGAUAAAGAAGAAGUCCCACCAGCCAGUGAGGUGGGCUGGAUGACAUCAGUCAAAGACUGGGCGGGGGUCAUGAUCUCAGCACAGACCCUUACCGGCAGAGUUCUGGUGGUGUUGGUCUUUGCACUUAGCAUUGGAGCUCUGGGAAUAUACUUCAUAGAUUCUUCGGAUCCUAUAGAAUCCUGUCAGAAUUUCUACGAAGACUUCACGUUACAAAUUGACAUGGCAUUCAACGUGUUCUUCUUACUCUACUUUGGCCUGCGUUUUAUAGCAGCCAAUGACAAGCUGUGGUUCUGGUUGGAGGUGAACUCAGUAGUGGAUUUCUUCACCGUACCACCUGUGUUCGUUUCAGUGUACCUGAAUAGGAGCUGGCUGGGUCUGAGGUUUCUAAGGGCCUUGAGAUUGAUACAGUUCUCAGAAAUUUUACAGUUUUUGAAUAUCUUAAAAACAAGUAAUUCCAUCAAGCUGGUGAACCUGUGUUCCAUCUUCAUAAGCACAUGGCUCACUGCUGCAGGAUUCAUUCAUCUGGUGGAAAACUCAGGGGAUCCAUGGGAGAACUUCCAAAACUCUCAACCGCUCUCAUAUUGGGAAUGCGUGUACUUAUUAAUGGUCACUAUGUCCACGGUGGGAUAUGGAGAUGUCUAUGCAAGAACCACCCUUGGACGCCUUUUCAUGGUCUUCUUCAUUCUUGGUGGUCUGGCCAUGUUUGCCAGCUACGUCCCUGAAAUCAUAGAGUUAAUAGGAAACCGCAAGAAAUAUGGUGGUUCCUAUAGUGCGGUAAAUGGCAGAAAGCACAUUGUGGUCUGUGGUCAUAUCACGCUCGAAAGUGUUUCCAACUUCCUUAAAGACUUCCUACACAAGGACAGGGAUGAUGUCAAUGUAGAAAUAGUUUUUCUUCAUAAUAUUUCCCCUAAUCUUGAGCUGGAAGCCUUGUUCAAACGUCACUUCACUCAGGUGGAAUUCUAUCAAGGAUCGGUCCUCAACCCACAUGAUCUAGCAAGAGUGAAGAUUGAGUCAGCGGACGCCUGCUUGAUUCUUGCAAACAAAUACUGUGCAGACCCCGAUGCUGAAGAUGCCUCCAAUAUUAUGAGAGUAAUAUCUAUCAAAAACUACCAUCCAAAGAUCAGAAUAAUAACUCAGAUGUUGCAGUACCACAACAAGGCCCAUCUGCUAAACAUUCCCAGUUGGAACUGGAAGGAUGGCGAUGAUGCAAUCUGCCUGGCCGAGCUGAAGGCAGGCUUCAUUGCCCAGAGCUGCCUGGCACAGGGCCUGUCCACCAUGCUUGCCAACCUCUUCUCUAUGAGGUCAUACAUCAAGAUUGAGGAGGACACCUGGCAGAAGUAUUAUCUGGAGGGAGUGGCCAAUGAAAUGUACACUGAGUACCUGUCCAGUGCCUUUGUGGGACUUUCAUUUCCUACAGUUUGUGAGUUGUGCUAUGUGAAACUCAAGUUGUUGUUGAUCGCUAUCGAAUACAAGUCAGAGCAGAGGGAAAGCAGUAUUCUGAUCAACCCGGGAAAUCACGUUAAGAUGCAAGAGGGGACAUUGGGAUUCUUUAUCGCCAGUGACGCCAAAGAGGUGAAAAGAGCAUUUUUCUACUGUAAAGCUUGUCAUGAUGACAUCACAGAUCCCAAAAGGAUAAAAAAGUGUGGCUGCAAAAGAAUGACAUAUUCCAAGAUGUCCGUCUACAAGCGAAUGAAACUGGCAUGUUGUUUUGAUUGCGGGCGCUCUGAGCGCGACUGCUCGUGCAUGUCAGGCAGUGUACAUAGUAACAUGGACAGCCUUCAGAGGGCCUUCCCACUUUCUUCUGUCUCUGUUCAUGAUUGCUCAACCAGUUUACGUGCCUACUCUCAAGCCAAAUAUAAGUUUAACGGAUAUGUCAGAUCACCAGCAGAUGGCGCUACAACUCCAGGGAAAAUGGGAUUGCUGAGACAGUCUGGGGUUCGAUUCAAAGCUGAAAGCAUUUUAGUCGAAGACGAGCGUCCGUCAACACUGUCGCCUAAAAAGAAGCAGCGCAAUGGAGGGAUGCGGAAUUCACCCAACUGCUCACCCAAAAUGAUGAGACAUGACCCUCUACUCAUUCCUGGAAAUGAGCAGAUUGAGAACAUGGAUACUAAUGUGAAGAGAUAUGACUCCACUGGAAUGUUUCACUGGUCUCCAUCCAAAGAGAUUGAGAAGGUCAUUCUGACACGCAGCGAGGCCUCCAUGACGGUUUUAAGUGGUCAUGUUGUAGUAUGUAUAUUUGGAGAUGUCACGUCAGCUUUAGUGGGGCUUCGAAACUUGGUGAUGCCUUUGAGAGCAAGCAACUUCCAUUAUCACGAGCUAAAGCCCAUCGUGUUUGUGGGCUCAUUAGAGUAUCUGAGAAGAGAGUGGGAAACCCUUCACAACUUCCCCAAAGUUUCCAUCUUACCUGGUACGCCAUUAAGUCGAGCUGAUUUAAGGGCCGUCAACAUCAACCUCUGCGACAUGUGCGUUAUCCUGUCAGCCAAUCAGAACAAUAUCGACGAUGCUUCACUGCAGGACAAGGAAUGCAUCUUGGCGUCUCUUAACAUCAAAUCUAUGCAGUUUGAUGACAGCAUUGGGGUCUUGCAGGCUAAUUCCCAAGGUUUCACACCUCCCGGGAUGGAUCGGUCAUCUCCAGAUAACAGUCCAGUGCAUGGCUUAGUGCGGCAGGCAUCCAUCACCACCGGAUCAAACAUCCCGAUCAUAACUGAACUCGCUAAGCCUUUGGUUUCAUUAAGUCAGGAAAAAAACAGUGGAACCAACAUACAAAUGAUAACAGAACUGGUGAAUGACUCCAAUGUUCAAUUUUUGGACCAAGAUGAUGAUGAUGACCCAGAUACGGAGCUGUAUCUAACCCAACCAUUUGCCUGUGGCACUGCGUUUGCCAUCAGCGUGUUGGACUCACUCAUGAGUGCGACAUACUUCAAUGAUAAUAUCCUCACCCUGAUCCGGACGCUGGUCACGGGAGGCGCCACUCCGGAGCUGGAGGCCCUGUUGGCUGAGGAGAAUGCACUGAGAGGUGGCUACAGCACGCCGCAGACGCUGGCUAACAGGGACAGGUGUCGGGUUGCCCAGCUGGCCCUGUACGAUGGACCCUUCGCAGACUUGGGGGAUGGCGGUUGCUAUGGGGACUUAUUUUGUAAAGCAUUGAAAACAUACAACAUGCUGUGCUUUGGAAUCUAUAGAUUACGAGAUGCACAUUUAGGUACACCAAGCCAGUGCAUGAAAAGGUAUGUCAUCACAAACCCACCUUAUGAGUUUGAGCUGGUGCCCACAGACCUGAUCUUCUGUCUGAUGCAGUUUGACCACAACGCGGGCCAGUCUCGAGCGAGCCUGUCCCACUCUUCCCAUUCCUCCCAUUCAUCCAGCAAGAAGAGCUCUUCAGUUCACUCCAUCCCAGCCACGAACCGUCAGAACCGCAGCAGCAAAGCACGAGAAGCUCGGGACAAACAGAAUGCAACAAGGAUGAAUAGAAUGGGCCCAGAAAAGAGAUGGUUUACAGAUGAAUCAGAAAAUGCAUACCCACGGAACAUUCAAAUCAAGCCCAUGAGCACUCCCAUGACCAACCAAGUCAAUCAGUACAAAUCCACUAGUAGUCUGAUUCCACCAAUCCGAGAAGUCGAAGAUGAAUGCUGAAUGAAUUCCCCAGCCUUUACCAUCAUGGAGGGAGUUGGGUCAUCGUGCUAUAAAAGAUGAGCUGUAAUCUUGAAAUGAUGACGGCGCUGAUACAUUGUUCUUCCCUUGUACAACUUGAGGGUUCGAAGUGAUCAGAGAACAGGAAGAGGGACCUCCUAUGUGUAUACCUUUAAUGUGACUUCCAAACUUUUGUAUAUGUAUACAUAGUCAUGUACAUAAUGACAAUCAAGUAAGGAUUGUACAGCCCCUAGCACUUUUUGAAAUUACGUUAACAGGCAAAAAAAAAAAAAAAAAGUACUUCCUGUGAUUCUUCGCAAUAUCUCACCUUCACUGUGACCUGACUCCAUGCAGAGGGCAUAUAUAAUGGAGGAUGAGGGUCACACCUUCAUUCACGUCAUCCAAACACUAUCCAAAGAUCGUCUUCAGAAGCUUCACAUCAGUCCCACUGAUUGAGUUGCAUAUCCUUUGUCCAUUUUGUUUUGCACUAAAAAUUACCACGUAAUAACAUUUGUGUUGCUCACGACUAGGGAAGAGUAAAAGCUUUCCCUCAGUUGUCCUCUCAGUUGGGUGAGAUGAGGCUACAGUAUGGCUGUUAAAGGAAUGGCUUUGUUCAGGAAAGAAAGGUGUCAUAAGUGUUUGCAUGACAGGGUAUGCAUUGACCGUACUCCUGCAUGACGUGUUGCCUGAAGUAACCUGAAUUUCUGGCUCAGGAAAGGAUGCCCUUUAUAUAUAUAUAUAUUAGACAGAGAGAGAGAGAGAAUAUGGAAAUGUGUUUGCUGUACUUGUCGUUUAAUGCUAAAUGUUGUCCCCAACGUAGCUUUUUGAAAUUGGCAAUACACUGAGGAUAUGCACUACUUCUGUUGAUGUCUUGCCAUUAUCCAUGACUGCUGGUGUGGCAUUUGUUUAGGAAAUUGUCUUUGAGCAAGGCUUAUUGUGCGUUUUUUUUGUAAGAGGCUCCGAAUCACUUGUUUGCGUCUGUGGUUCUGCUAUUAACACAACUGUGUGGUGACUAAUAUCACCUGCUGAUAAUUCAACAAUGAUUGAGCUUUUUACCCUAAAACCUUCUCAAACAUGAAAUGAAGCUGACAUGAAAAAAUACAUAAAAUUGCCACAUAUUGCGAAAAGUGGGCAUCAUUGGUUCCUCCUUUGGAUGUAGCCACUGCCUGACACAGGGUUGGCACAGGGGCAGAAAAGUGCUUGGAUGUUCUCUGUGACCAGCCAAGAUGCUUUAAACUCUGUUAUUGACAAAAACAUGCAGAAGCUCAAUCAUUAUUUUCAAUUAUCAGCCAAAAAAAAAAAAAAUGUUGGUGAUAAUAAUGAAUAUCAAGGUUGCACAUUAAUGUUGUACCUUUGUUAAGUAGAACAUAUACUGAAGCAAAUGCUUGAACUUUGAACUUUGCUUCAAGUGCUCUGUCAGAUUUAUACAUAAGUACAUUCUUAUUUUUUAUCCAUGAGCGUAAUCAUUUUGUACUUAUUUUUAUACAUAUCAGAGAACUUUAUUUCUAAAUGUAUCUUAUAUCUUAAUAGCUACAGUGCACACCGGUUUGGUUUCUUGUCCAGUUUUGCCGCUAACGACAGAACAUAUCACAAAACAUCAAACAGGACAAGUCAAAUAUCUCUGAACCAGAGUCAAAAAGUCACAAUUUCAGUUUCCAUUUGAAGUGGGAUGCUUUGAAGGACCUCUGUAGCUAUCAGGGACUAAAAACGGUUCAAGGAACGAAACCGAAAACCGAAAUUGAACAAAAAGUUUUGCAGAACGUAACUGAAAACCAGAACAAAGUGAUUUUCAACUGUUCCAGUGUGAAAACAUUAUUUGAAAUGCUAAUAAGCAGUUAUAACCGGUUAAUUUUGUUCUGAUAAUUUUUUCAUGAAAUUAAAGGCCAAUUAAAGGGUUUAUCAUAGUAAACGUUUGUAACUACACCACUUCAUGCUGCCUGAAAAAAUUAAACGUGUUUUGAUCCUGAAGGAAACUGCUGCAUCACACAUUUCUUUGCCUAAUUGCUCGUUGUGGAUGUCGCAUUCUAUGAAUGAUGACGUUUUUAACAACUAUGUAUAAUUACUACAUAUACAUGCACAGCUAAUCCAGAUACAAAACAUUAUUAGAGGUAAAAGUACUUUUCUCAGUUGUUUCCAAGUCUUCACUGAAUUAUUGUUAGAUAUGAUGCAUUAAUACAGAUUUGAUGCUGCCGGGCUUUGACUCAAAUGUUUUCCCUGACCAGGUUACUUGUUUCUGUUUUGAGAUCUGGCAACACUGCAAUUGGUAUUCCACCCACCCCUUACCACAGAGAAUUGUAAUUUUAAAAAUAACAUUAUUAACUGUUCUUUUAUUUUGUUCAAACCUUUUGAAAGGAGGCUGCGGAACGUUUGAACCAGAAUGAAAAAAUCAGAACGAACCGUAAUAAAAAACAUUUCGUUUUUAGUCCCUGGUCGCUAUACUACUAAAAACAGCGUGUGUGCUUUCAUUUUCAUAAGCUAACAGAGAUGAAAA